UCUGUGUGUUCGGUGUUCGGUGUUCGGCGAAUGGUUCAAAGAUACAGUGUCUGUGUGUGCCUAGCAAGUGUUUGUGAAAAUGUCCCACAGACAGAAAAUGCCGUGCAGACGUGCAGGGUCCAUCAAUGAGAGCUUUGUAUACUCUACCCUGCUUUCUUACUCGGUUCAGUAGUAUUUCUUCCUGAUACAGUUUCUCAGCUUUGCAAUAACACAGUAGCACGAUUCUUCCCAAAAACCCUUUAUUAUAUCUACCUUCUUUCUUAUCCCACGAUCUAUUUAUGCUUGCCUUCUCCUUUUAAUACCUCUGUUCUUCACCUGCCAGCUGUGUAUACAAUUCACAUUCUUUUCUCCCCUGCAGCUUCAAUGCUAUUCACCUUCUGGAACAAUUCACAAUUUACAUUCACCUCCAUUGAUAUUUCUUUAGUUCCGUUACUCAGUCCUACGCUGUUCUCACACCCUCACCCUUUCGAAAGCCCAAAAUCCCAACCUCACCACACCCCUCUUCAGAUAUUCACAUUGGCUUGAGUGGGUGCAGCAAACAUGAGUGAAACUGGUGCCGAUCUCUUGCAACAGUUGGAGGAUAUCCUUGAAUCCGACCCUCUAAUUGAUGAGGUGGGAUUUAUUCAUCCAUCUCAGUUUGACUUGCUAAAUGAAGAAUCAGGCAUUUCCGGCAAUUCAUCUGAUGAAGCUAUCUCUCAGGCAACAAAAAGGACAGCAAGCUCUGAGGGAUGUUCCAAGCAAAAGAACAAAAACUUUUGGAACAAAGAUCAUAAAUUGGGAAUUUCAACUUCUAUUCUUCUCCCACUAUACAAAGCUGCUAAACUAGCGUUUAUGACUGCAUUUAAACAAUACAAGAUGUGUGGCGAUCAAUCUGAUGAAGUUGGGAAUUGUUUACCUGUCUCUUCAUCAUGUGAUGAUCUUCAAAGUAUACUUAUGAGACACAGCAGGUCACUUCUGCUGCUAAGUUGCGAUUUUAUGACAGCAUGGAAUUGCAGAAAGUUAGUAGUUUCCAAGGAGAAGCAGCACUCCAUGUUGUUGGAUGAACUUCAUCUGUCUGCACUCGUACUUUCAUAUUCACCCAAAAGUGAACAAGCUUGGAAUCAUAGGCGGUGGGUCAUCAAGUCAAUGUCCGCACAUUGUUCAAAUUUCAAAGAUCUUUUGAGAAAAGAAUCUGAGCUGGUGGAAAAAAUAGCUGAGAGGUCGAAAAUGAAUUAUCGUGCAUGGAAUCACCGCUGCUGGUUAAUUUCGUAUAUGGCUAGAGAUCAGGUGCUACAUGAGCUGAAGAAAUCAAGAAGCUGGGCUGCAAUGCAUGUUGCUGAUAAUUGUUGUUUUCAUUAUCGCAGUCGGCUAUUGCUUAAGAUUAUGGAGGAAUCAAGUGGUUCUGAGAAAAAUGUGUCUUCUGGUUACAAGGCUGAUAUCAACCAGGCUUGGAAGGAUGAGCUUGACUGGAAUGAGACAUUGAUAAGACGCUAUGUGGGAAGAGAGGCUCUAUGGCUUCAUCGUCGCUUCCUUUCCAUGUACUGGAUAAAUAAUUUUCUUUCUGAUUCUGGUGGUACAUCCUAUAAUUCCAAGCAGACGAACAGAAAUUCUAACUACUUUGAUCCCUUCCUGGAGAAUGAAUUGUGUCUCAUUGACUCCUGCAUAACUGUUGAGGACAAUGAAUUUGCUGAUUUCGAAGCUCAAGCAGUGUAUGCUGCUAGUUACAUGCUGUGGUUGAAAGUGCAAGUUCCUGAGCCAUUGGGAAAUGAUCUCCGAGCGAAGAUAAGAGCAAUGGAUCUGAAGAGCUUGCUGGAUAACUCAAACCAAGAGAGGUUCUCACUUUUCAAUCACUUUUUGAGCUAAAUGGGAGCGUUUGUGCUUUUUGAGGGGGAGGUAGAUAUUAUUAAUGAUUCUAACAAUAAGUUUCUUUUACCUUACUAUUUUUGUUAUGAUGAUACUGUGUAAUCUAUAAAUAUAUAUUAACUUGAUUUUCCAUGAAUGGUGACACUAGCAAGAGAAUGCUGUAAAGUAUCAUAUCAUCACUAAACGAGAAAAGGUUCAGAUAAUCAGAUCUUAUAUGAAUUUCAUUAGAUAACAAUUGGUGUUUAUUUCAUUUAUUUUCCUCAGUUCAUUUUACUAUGUUAUUAAUUACAUAAGAAGUUACCCUCGAACAAAGGAGAGCAGUUGAAACUUGAAGAAAUAGGAUUAUGUUCAAUCUCUAAUGGAAACAUUAUUGAAGUAAAUGCCAUAAUCUGAAACAUAAGAAAGCCACAAAAUACAACGGAUAUGAAGAAGAUGCCACUUGAGAGCUGAAUUGGUCUUAUACUGUGUAAUGACUGUUGAUUGCAUCCACAUCUAAACCCUUUAGCUUGCCCAUUGUUUCCACCCUUCCUUUCAGAGUGUGAAGCUCUCUCAUCCUAUAUCAAUAUUCGAAAAGAAAGAAAAUAAAGAUGAUAAAUUGAAUGCAUGCAAUUAAGUAAGAGGUUGAUCACUUAGCCAGUGUUUAGUAUGUAUCUUAGUACAGAAACUACAGAGAUAGGAGAUAGAGACAAGACAAAAACAUCUUUAUCCGUUAACCUACUGUCCCUUGUUUUGAGGUGGACUACAAAUUGGUAAUAUUUUGUUCCAAAACAGACAUUUUUUGUUUUUG